ACACAGGCAACUUUUGGUUGGCGGUUGUAAGAAGAGGCGGAGCUGUAGUAGUGUGGGGAAUUGGCAGGUGACGCCCUCUUGCGCUCGGAGCUUGUGUUGCUCCAGUAACUGUGACGGGUGUCUGGCAGUAGGAUGAGGAGGGGGGUCACGCAGUUGUAAGUGACGGGCACAUGGUCCCGGAGCGCAGUGCGGUGCCACAGAAAUCCCGCCCGCGACCCUAAGAGCAGCAGCAGCAGCAGCAGGAGGUGAAGGAGGAGGAGUUGUCCUACCCGGAGUGGAUUAGCCGGAGUUACGUGGAGCUCAUGAGUCUGGACGAGCACUCGAUGCAGGCGCUGUCCUGGAGGAAGCUCUACCUGAGCCGGGCCAAGCUCAAAGCCUCCAGCCGCACCUCGGCUCUGCUCUCCGGCUUCGCCAUGGUUGCAAUGGUAGAAGUCCAACUGGAACCAGAUCAUGUCUAUCCCACUGGUCUCCUGAUUGCUUUUAGUGCCUGUACUACUGUUCUGGUCGCUGUACAUUUAUUUGCACUAAUGAUCAGCACCUGCAUCCUUCCCAACAUUGAAGCAGUGAGCAAUGUCCAUAAUCUGAACUCUGUGAAAGAGUCUCCUCAUGAAAAGAUGCACCGUCACAUCGAACUAGCAUGGGCUUUCUCUACAGUCAUUGGGACGUUGCUAUUCCUGGCCGAAGUUGUCUUGCUUUGUUGGGUGAAGUUUCUUCCAGUGAACAGUCCGAAGUCGUCAGUCAACGACACUUCUUCUUCUAUCAGUCCUGGCAAGGCAGCAGCUAUUGCCUCAACCUCCAUCAUGGUUCCAUUUGGAGUAAUCUUCAUAGUAUUUGCCAUUCAUUUCUAUAGGUCACUGGUCAGCCACAAAACGGAUAGACAGUCCGAGGAUUUAAAUGAACUUGCUCGCCUGCAAGACCAAUUGGACCACAGAGGGCAAUCGAUCCAAUCCCCUGAUCAUUAUGCAUAGAUAGAUUCUGUUCCCUAAAUAAAGGGCUACAUUCUCCUGUCUUACAAUA